CUGAUCUACCCUUGCAAUAACUGCGAUCACCUUACCUCCGGCCCCCGCAUUCGAAGCGCCCAACCGCCAGCGCACUCAAAGUGCUGUUCGAAAGCACAUAUUCCUACAAAACUAGCGAAGACCGCUCACAUACCCGAUUAUCCUUACUCAACAUGCGGGACCUCCGCAAACAGGCUCUCGAGAGCCACAAAACCAUGUCGCGUAAAGCGCGCUCAAAGAUCGCCUCUGGCGCCUCCUCAGCGGCCGCCUCACGAACGGCUAGUCGCAACGUGAGCCGUGCUCCCUCAGACGAUGGCGAUGACGGCUAUCUCAGCGACGACACCGCUUGGAGCACCAACUCCAUCGAUGAGAUCCUCAACGGCGAAGAUGUCCAGAUUUCUGAGGAGCAAUGGAAAUCUGAGCUCAGCGUGCGCAUCGAGCAGAUUACUAAUUUGAAGCGCAGCAGCGCUGAAGGUCGUACUGAAAGUCUGAAUGCCUACGCACACAUUCUCAUGGCACGCUAUGCCAACGAACAGAUCGAGCCUCACAUCAGAGAACUGCUCCAGUCAAUACUUCGAAGUAUCAGACAAGAGGCUACAGAGCGUGAGGCUGUCAAGGCGCUCAAAGCACUUGCUGCAACCAUCGUGACCCUCGACACAGGUGACAUCUACGAUGAUGUUUCGGGCGAACUUAAGCGAGCAAUACAGUCGGAAUCUACCGAGGUUCAAAUCAACGCGAUCCACUGCCUUGGCCUGGCUGCCUUUUUUGGCGGAGCCGGCGAAGAGGAGAUCAAGGACAUCAUGACACUGUUCCUCGAGAUCGUGGAAACAGAUGGAGUGUCUGUUGACGCUCAGGAUAAUGGUAAUAUCGUCACUGCCGCUCUGGAGAAUUGGGGUUUGCUUGCAACAGACAUCGAAGACCUCGAGGAAGAGACAGAGGCGGCCGUUGAAGCCUUCGUGGAUCAGCUCGAGAGUUCCGAUGCUGGCGUACAGAUCGCUGCAGGAGAGAACAUUGCCUUGUUGUAUGAGAAGUCGUACACAGCCCAGGAAGAAGACGAGGAGAUCGAGGCGGCGCCAGAAGACGAGGAUCAUCCGGAGUACACCAAAGGCGGUGAGAAGCUGGUGAAGCGUUACCAGGUUUACCGUAACCAGCCCAAACUGCUGCAAACCCUUGACGAGUUAGCAACUGUGUCUUCGCGCAGGAUAUCAAAGAAAGACCGCAAGACAUUACACUCCUCAUUCACAGACGUCCGCAACUCGGUCGAGAAGCCAUCGCGUGGCCCUGGGUACUCGACAGCGAUCGAUCAAGAAAGCGGACGAGCAUAUGGCGCCGGUCGCAUGAAGGUCAGGAUCAAUCGCAACCUUGAAGUCAGAAUCGACAAGUGGUGGAAGCUUCUGAGGUUGAACGCCCUGCGAAGAACGCUUCAAGGAGGAUUCGCAUAUCACUACGAGCAGAAUGAGAUCGUUUCGUCAGCUCUGCCAUUCUCUAUGGGCCGUGGCAAGAGCUGGUAAGCGAUGUGUCCGCGGUGUAGAGGUCUUGCAUCUGAUUUGUCGAUUCAGCAUAUAUACCUGGUUUGCAUCGGCGUUUGGACUACCCAUUGCUAAUGACUGCUUGCAAGAAGGCGCAUUUAUGAAAGUAGAGAUAGGAGUUUCUUCAACAAUCAUCACAUGGAAAACAUCACUGCGAGCCUUGCUGUGCACGGUCUCUACACACAUUCCCCGCGUUGCCCCUCACCAAUCGAUUAUGAUGUUUACCAACUGCGACAGAAUCUCCUCUCAUUC